GUUUAAUGUGUUUAUGGUCUAUGCUGAUAAUCUGUUAAAUAUUGUUUAACAGUGCUCCGACUGGGGCAGGUUUGCUCCUCAAAAAAGAUUUUCCUUCCAUGUAAACAAAAGUCUUUUAAAGUGAUGAAGUAAUGUGUAGUAAAUGUGUUUAACAAUUAUUUUGCAACUUUUUUAAUUGAUUUCUUUUUUUCAAAUUACCUUUGCCAGGCGUUUGCUCAACUCUUUCCUUUUUUUCUGUUUGUAAUGACUAAUUUAGAACUUGCAGAUUUACACUGCCUGAAUUGGCUAGACAGCUGUAAUCGCACUCCUCCUAGUCUUAAUCUCUUUAUCUGGGCAGCAGCUGCCAUAUGGUCUCAGUCAGCUGGAUCAGAUGUUCAUAAGCCUCCUUCUCCGUCCCUCUCUGUCCUCUCAGUCUCCUAAUUUGAUCGCUGCUACCUUUUGAGCUGUCCUGCAAUCUUUAUUUUUAGCCAUCUUAAGGAUUAGGAUUGAUGUGGACUACGGGGCACUUAAUGUGAUUGUAUUGUAAAUCUGCUGUGGACCGCCUCUUUGGGGAGGAUGUUUCAUUUCUCCCAAAAUUUUGGGAGGGGAAAAAGGGGGAGGAGAUGGUUGGCGAGAGGUUUGUUAUCUCCCCCUAUCCCCCCAUAAGCCCCUCAUUAGUGAGGGUCUGAACGCUGUUUUGGGGGAGCGGGGUGUUUGGCUUGGUAUUCCAAUAAGAUUUAAAUGAAGAUUCAAAUGAGUCCGCUCAUUGAACAUGAAGCCUGUGCAUUUUUUUAGACAGGAACUAUCUCUGCGGGUAACAGGUUAUGAAGACAGCAUGGAGUUUCCAGAUCACAGCAGACAUUUACUACAGUGUCUGAGCGAGCAGAGGCAUCAGGGAUUCCUUUGUGACUCCACGGUGCUGGUCGGUGAUGCCCAGUUUCGAGCCCAUCGUGCAGUGCUGGCUUCAUGCAGCAUGUACUUCCAUCUCUUUUACAAGGACCAGCUAGACAAAAGGGACAUUGUUCAUCUGAACAGCGACAUUGUCACGGCCCCAGCCUUCGCUCUACUGCUUGAGUUCAUGUACGAAGGAAAGCUCCAGUUCAAAUCGCUUCCGGUGGAGGAUGUGCUGGCAGCCGCAAGCUUCCUCCACAUGUACGACAUCGUCAAGGUGUGCAAGAAGAAGCUUAAGCAGAAGGCCACGACCGAGGCGGACAGCACCAAGCGAGAGGAAGAUGCUUCCAGCUGCUCGGACAAGGUAGAGAGCUUCUCUGAGGGUGGAAGCACGGGUCGACCAGCCACUGCCGACCUGCUGCAGAGCGACGACGAGGACAUUGAGAACAAGAGGGACAGCCCUCAGGAGCCGGGCAGCAUGUGGAUGCGUCUGCCCUCAGAUCGGACCGCAUCUCCCACGACUAGCCCAAGGGAGGCAGAGCCUCGCACUGGCAAAUCCCCUACCGGCAGCCCCAGAAGCUCCACCGGCUCCUUGUCCCGACGCUCCACGGCAUCUCGGAGAGUCUCUGCCGAUGCAGAUUGUGUGCUGGACCUUUCUGUGAAGUCUAGCCUGGGUGGUGGUGCUGGGGAGACCAUGCCUGGUAACCCUUAUUUUUGCAGUUCAGUGACCCCAGAUAGUCUUCAGAGCACCCUUGUCCAGGUAAAGGUGGAGAAGGACACGGGCUCGGAGGAUGACGAACUUGUAAGUGGAGACUAUGAUAUGGAACACAGCGGUUUGAAGGAGCCACCUAGGACCAACGGAACCCACAUCAGCCUCAUAGCACAACGCAGACUGGGCCUUGAGGCUCACCUCUCUGCCUUGCGCGAGGCCUCGCUAGCAAGCGAGCGGGAGGACAAAGGAGGAGACGAUGACCCGGAUGUCCUAGGAGGUGACAGCGAGCGGGCGCAGGAGGCUGCAGGGGUUGAGAAUUCCCUCUUGCCUUAUGUCUCCAGCAUGCUGGGGGCCCCACAUACUCAGAUCUUUAUGUGCCCUUUAUGCAACAAGGUCUUUCCCAGCCCCCAUAUCCUGCAGAUCCACCUUAGCACACAUUUUCGCGAGCAGGAAGGCGUACGGGCCAAGCCGGCCAGUGACGUCAAUGUUCCCACCUGCUCUAUCUGUGGCAAAACCUUCUCCUGCAUGUACACGUUAAAGCGCCACGAGCGGACACACUCGGGCGAGAAGCCCUACACAUGCACCACUUGCGGCAAGAGCUUCCAGUAUUCGCACAACCUGAGCCGACACGCCGUCGUGCACACGCGUGAGAAGCCACACGCCUGUAAGUGGUGCGAGCGGCGCUUCACGCAAUCAGGGGACCUUUACCGACACAUUCGCAAGUUUCACUGCGAACUUGUCAACUCGCUUUCAGUGAAGAGUGAGACACUCAAUCUGCCCACUGUCAGAGAUUGGGCGCUGGAAGAUAGUUCUCAAGAACUCUGGAAAUGAAAACUCAUAUAAUGGCAGACUGUUUGAACUGCUUGUUAAAUUAAGAAAGAACUGAGUGGCAUUUUGGGGGGACAGAGAGGUAAGAGUGGGGCAGAAUGAUGGCAGAAGCGUCUAAAUCAGUCAUUUUUCUUGUAUGUACAUUGCAAAUCUUGUGGAAUUGCACUUUACUAGCACAUGAAAAUGUUACUACUGAUUUUCUUUUAAUAUAUUUUCUGGUCUCUUAAGGGCCUCUUUUCUUUUUCUUUUUUUUUUCCUUUGAGAUUUUUAUAAAACAUGGGUGCUGGUCUCAGUAACACAUUGGGAUUUAAACUGUAUUUCAUUUACAGUACAUUUCUAUACACUCCUAAAUUUUCAAGGAACAUCUGCCAUGAAAAGCAUGUGAAUAUUUCAGGUAAUAGACAAAGGAGUUUAAAACCAAGGACACACUAAACGGGUACUAUGGUCAUAUAUUUACCUGUACACAUUCAGCUCAUGUUUGAGUAUGUGUAUAUAUAGUGCACUACUAUAAUUUGCAAAUAUCAUACCUGACUGGUUAUGCGUGCAUACGUAUUCAUUUGCUUGCACACACACACAUACACACGGUGUGUGAGCAGGUCAGUCCUUUAAAUCCCACAAGGAAGUCUUUAACAGAAGCUCUAAGCUCGCAUUACCUAUGCUCUUGUACAUUUUUCACUUGUUAUAGAAAACUUGACUGAUGGAUGACAAAAAGGCACUCAUGCAAUGUACAGCCUCCUUUUUCAUAUCAGUUUAACUGCAUUUAUCUAUCCUUUCUUAAUAUCAUUUGAUGUCAUUUUUGGUUUUUAGUUGCCGUCUCUCCACAUCACUUGUUUGCUACUGAGGUUUGUUUUUUUACAUUGGCUGCAUAUUAGAGAUUUCUGUAGUGUUUUAAGUUUUUUCAUUUUUUAAAACGGAAUCUGUUUUUGCAUGAUGUCUGACCUGUAUAUUGAAAAAGAUGUGACUUGCUGUAUUGCUGUACACUGUAAUUGACUGAUUCUUUACAGUCAGGGCACCUGUCUGUUAAAAGAAAAAUACCUUUAAUAUUACCGCUGUAGAAAAUGCAUGAAUUUUAUUUUUACUUACUUUUUCGUUGUUGUUUUGCAUCAGAGAGUGUAUUUUUUAAUGAAUUAAUGACUUAAUUUGAUUCCUUGGUAGAUUUGAUUUUACUCCUGAUCAUUAGAGAAUGAAUUUGGGGUUCUGGGAAGAUGUGAUUAUUCUGGGCUGUGAAGAUUGUGGAAAUGCACUGACGUUAGGCUGCAGUAUCUACACACACAAAGUGAAUCAGUUUAUGCUCGCUGUAGGAUGCAGAGGUGAAUGAGGGGCCAGGUGUCAGCAGAGGCUGAAUUGCUAUAGUUAUUGUUUAGAAAGCUAGCGUGGCCCCUGCUAGCGUCUCCUCACACGUUGCUCUUCCCAGUGCCAGGUCUUCAACUGCUGUCUAUCUCAGAAUGUCCCAUUUACUGGCUGUUGUCAUUUGAAUCAUGUCGGCUCUGUUUGUAAUUUAUUUAUUUAUCUUUUCAAUUGGCACUUGCUUCAGAUUCGAAUGCCAUGUAGACACUUUUGCAUGGCUGAUGGUACAGCUCUUUAUGGGUGUCCUCAUCAGCGUACAUCUAUAUGGAGAAAGCUGAAGGAUCUUUAAACAGCAUAAAGCUCGACACACUCUGUUCUGAGUGGUUUGUGUGUGUGCGUGUGUUUGUGUUCAAUGCAUAAGUGGAUUUUUUUUCUGGGUAGAACGUGUUUGGCAAGGUUGGUAGCACCUUCAAAGCUAAAUUAAAUUUAAAUAUUGUUCAAAAGAGGCCUUUAAGUAAUUGAUAAGACUAAUUAUAAACCUAAUUGAAUUACUGAAAUAACAUUGUUACAUUUGAAGAAAAAAAAAUUGAUUGUUAAAGAUUUAAAUAUCGUAUAUAUAAUGAUUGAUUUUGAAAAUGUUUGUUUUAUUUUUUUCUUUGAAAUAAUUUCAUUUGGAAAAUUAUAUUAAGGUUUCUUUUUUUUCUUUCUUUUUUUUUAAGAAUGUGAAAUUUCUAUUUUUUUCAACAACAACAACAAAAAAAAAACACUCUCAAUGUUAAAUUUAGAAAUAAAAAGCCAAGAUUAAGGAUAAAUAUAUUGGCUAGCUCUGUAGUCAUAGAUCAGUCUCACACAUAGUGCUGGAAUGCUUAAACUACUUUAGUAAAAGAGGACCGUGGGCUCCGCACAUGUUUUGGGGAGCGCAGAAGUGUGCCGCACACGGGCCUAAAAAGGCCUCAGGAACUGGCCUACCAUGUAUUUGGCUGGUGCAACUGCUUGUGAAAAGGUUGAGCUUUUCCAGCAGCACACGCUCCUAAUGGCGUUUUGCACGGUGGUACUUUUACCUUUUGCACUCUAAAAUGUGACAGAAAAAAUAUCAACUGUGGGGUUGAAUUGUUUUCUAUGCUUUUCUUUUUCUUUAUGUCGUAUGUUGGCUUCUACUAUUGUACUUGACCCCCUUUAACUACUGGUAUCAGCUUACUUCUACUCAGAGGGUGAAAACUGGAAACGUUGGAAAACUGGAUGUAUUUCUUUGACUUUUCUUCAAUGGAAAUUAAGCUGUGAAAUGGCCUAUGAAGCAUCCAUAAAUUAGACACCCCUUUAGUUUACUUGAAACCCAGGAACCACAGUAUGAAGAACAAUUCAAACAUAGUGGAUGAGUAGGGAAUGGGAGAGAAUAGAAUUGAAGAAAAUAUAUCUGUUGAAUUCAAGGACAAUCGCGGUUUCAAAAAGAAGAUGUGUCUUCACAUGUAAAUGCUUCACUUCUGAGAUUUUUUGCUAUGUUGACAUUGUUCUUUUUAUGGAAUUAGACAUUUAGCUUUGACAAUCAUAGUAUGUUUAAUUUUUUUUUCAAGGGAAGUAAAUUAUGAGGCUGUUUAGUUUUGUACUUUUUGGUGUGCUGUUGGUGAAAUUUUUAAAUUGUGUGCAAACUGCAAUAAAUUAUAAGAAC